UCAGAUGAUGUAGGAAGUGAUGUAUCUGAGACUAGUGAUAUGUCGGAAGUUUCAAAAGUCAGCACUAUUAGUGUCCGUUCAACACAGUCAGAACGACCUCGCAGAAAAUUAAGUCGUACCACGAUUCCAAGGUCAAGAAACAUCGUAAAAAGUACCAGCAACGAGCAAGGCUUAGAUCAAAAUGAUGGAAGUGUUUCGGACUCUGCGUUAUCCACCAGUAUUACAGAUGGACGCAGUAAACGAAGACCUAGUCUGUCCAACAAAGUAGCUAAUUUUGUAGGAUUAAAGCGCCGCAGCAGUAGUGCUAACCAGCUUGCAGAAAAAGGAAAGAAAAAGAGUUCAUUCCAGAGAAGCGAGGAAGUGGGACCAGUUGAUUUACGUGGUGGUAUGUCAAAGCAAGCUAGUAAGGAUUCUACUGACGGCAGCAUGGGUAGUGUCAGUAGUGACUCCUCUAGUGUGCUUUGGUUGCCCACUGGUAUGCGAUUAGGUUCUGAGGGUCAAUUUGGUGACUUUGUUGACGGAUUAGGUCCAUCUCAAUUAGUAGGCAGACAAGUACUUGGAGCAGCUUGUCUGGGAGAAAUACAACUUGGUUUGUAUGACCGUAAAGGUCAUCUGGAGGUUGAGGUCAUUCGAGCUCGUGGAUUGUCAUCUAAGGCAGGUGCAAGAGUGUUACCAGCGCCAUAUGUGAAGGUCUAUUUAAUCGAAGGUAAAUCAUGUAUCGAGAAGCAGAAGACAACAAUAGCUAGAAGAACAUUAGAUCCUUUGUAUCAACAACAGCUAGUCUUUAAUGAAUCUUAUGUUGGUAAAAUACUCCAGGUGACAGUUUGGGGAGACUAUGGAAGAAUGGAUAAAAAAGUGUUCAUGGGCGUGGCUCAAAUUCUAUUGGAGGAUUUAGAUCUAAGCAACAUUGUGAUUGGCUGGUACAAACUUUUCACAACCUCCUCAUUGGUUGGUCACCAUUCUUCCACCACAGGACUUGCUCAAUCGGCACGUGGUUCUUCGACAUCUUUGGAC